UCCCAAGUCCAGUCGAACAGAGACCGCGGCGGUGUAAACGUCUCCGAGGACCCCCGUGCCACCUGUAUUUUACGAGUAUAUAUACGCAAUAAUCGAGGGGGUUCGCCGCUCCUCGGUCCUCCGUUGUUCGGAAAUUUGAUUCGAUUUUUUUUUUUCGUUCGUAUCAAACGUCGCGCGAACGUCCACCGUGUGCAGCGCAUCGUGAUUCGCGAUGAUUCCAACCGAUAUCGUUAUGGACACGCGCAAUCGAAUCUCGCGCAUAUAACGCACCACUUUCCUAUGCUGUAUACCUAUGUAUGUACCUGAACUUGGAGGGAAACCCUCGAGGGAAAGCCGCGGCAAGCGCUUGAAUUGCACCCGCCAGUCCUGUACCUUCAGCCGACGCGGAUGUUGAGGCAUGCAGAUCUUGUUUUAUCGCUAGAGUCGUUCGAAAUUCUCGGGCAUUCCGAGGAUCGCAGAUGAACCCGAAGCGGCCCCUGAUACGAUCGCAGCAUCUGAUAACCAAAGGGGAAAAAAAGAACAUCGAAUAAUAAAAACCGUUCGCUCACAAUUGUGCUUCGAAUCGUCGAAACUUUUUUGAACGCAAGAAAAAGACGAAAGAUUAAAAGCGCUACGAUUUUAGCUCGCGAACCUGCGGGACUUUAAAAUUCCAUUGGUGAAUUUAUCGAUGAGUGAUCGCGCGUACCUUUAUCGAACAGUAUUUCUUCGAUCGUCUAUUUUCUUCUAUUUCCAAUUGUGAUUGAUCGAGUGUACAUACACACAGUGCGAAUAUAUUUCGAUUUCUCAACUGCGCGGAAGCGAUCGAAUGGGACGACGACCGGCGAAUUUUAAGUCAAUUCGAUCGAAGUGCCCGUCUUAUUCUCUAACUGGGCUCUGAACUCCGCCGGCAAUUGGAGAGGGGCUACUCGGAAUAUUACGUGGAACGAAGGGAGGCACCCGCGACGUGAUUCUCGGUGAGAGAAAUCUGCGAUCGCUAAUACGGUAUUCCCUCGAAAUUCGCCCCGCAGAUUACAACGAAGUUGGAGCCUAAUUGCAGCCCCGUCAGGGUUGCAGUCGAGGGCGAUCCGAUCGAAUUCCAUUCUUCGAUUCGGACGUCGAUCUCGCGCACUUGCGUUACGCACCGCGUAACCAACUCUUUUAUCGCGAUUGAUUUGAACGUGAAAAAUAUCCAACGCGUUGAAAAUUAGCCGUCGGAUUUAAAAAGGGCGUAUCGUCCCGCGUGAUCGCCAGAAAUUAGUCGAAAAAAUAACCGCAACUCGGCGUUGGAAUAUCCGAUUCUCAGGAGGUUUGAGCGCGCGCGAGAUGAUCGAAAUAGGUGGGCGAUGUACACGAGGUUCGCAAAGCUGAUCAAUUCGAAGACGCGCGAGUACCCGGCAUUGAAAUUGUUUCAUCGGUAAAUGGGCUAAUUCCACGUGCAAUAAGAUAUCUCAACACGUGUGAGUAAACGUUGGUCACGUAAUUACAGGCGAGUCGGGGUAUCAGAGGUACACUACAUCGGAAUUCGAUGUUCAAUUAGUUUCACGUUCGCCAAACGCGGAGCCAAUUCCGAGCGAUUCGCAUUUAUGGAUGAGAUUGAAUUGAUCGAACUUCAUUCAGAGAUACCGUAUAUAGAUUCGCAAGGUGUUCAUUUUCCGAGCGAUCGGAAGUGCGUCGGGGGAUAAAUCCUGACUUAUACGUCGCUCGUCGCCAUCGCGUUGAACUAUUUUAACCGAGUGUCUAUUCGAGUGAAAUGGUGAACUCGUACAACCGCACGAUACGAAAAGGGAUCGAUCACGUUCGCGUCUGAUCGGAGAGCGUUGAAUCGACGGUAUUUAGCGGAGGCUAAGAAAAUAGGAGAGAUAAUGGGGGCUUUUAAGCAUUUCAACGUACUCUUGGCGGUGAUAUCGGUGGCAUUUUUGAUACACCCGGUAUCGACGGAGGCCAGCGAAACGGAUUACGAGGACGAGAUGUACUACGAGGAAUCCGGAUCCGAUGAAUUCGAAGGGAACGACACCGCGAAUUGUACGGAUUACUGCGUCAGCGAUGACGAGUACAUAGAACUAAUGGAGAAUCACAUAUUUCCGGACGUUAACGACUGGAUCUUAAUAGCGAUGCACAGCGUUGUCUUCGUCGCUGGAAUCGUGGGGAACGCUCUUGUCUGCGUUGCAGUUUACAGGAAUCACUCGAUGCGCACCGUCACCAAUUACUUCAUCGUCAAUCUAGCGGUCGCCGAUCUCCUGGUUAUCAUACUGUGUCUACCACCCACCGUAGUGUGGGACGUCACCGAGACCUGGUUUCUGGGACUAAAACUAUGCAAGGCCGUUCCCUACUUGCAGACCGUCUCCGUGAGCGUGAGCAUUCUCACCCUGACGUUCAUUUCGAUCGAUCGUUGGUACGCGAUUUGUUUCCCUUUGAAGUUUAAGUCGACAACUGGACGGGCGAAGACUGCCAUAAUAAUAAUUUGGGUCGUCGCUCUGAUUUUCGAUCUUCCCGAUUUGAUAGUACUGCAAACGGUGCAACGCAAGCUCAGGGUGGAAACUGUAUUUUUUACGCAAUGUGCGCCAUCCUGGAGUCACCAGAGCGAGGCAACGUUUACCAUCGUAAAAUUGGUACUUCUAUACACGGCGCCGCUCCUCUUCAUGAGCAUUGCUUACUUGCAAAUUGUACGAGUGCUUUGGAGGAGCGACAUUCCGGGACACAACUUUCCGACUAGGGGAAGUCACGAGAUAGCGACCACCAACAACCCCGGUAAUCUCGAGGGUCAGCUACGGUCGAGGAGAAAAGCUGCUAAAAUGCUCGUAGCCGUCGUACUGAUGUUCGCCGUCUGCUACUUUCCAGUUCAUUUGCUGUCCAUUCUGAGGUAUACAAUCGGGCUGAAAGCGAAUCAGACAACGAAAACGGUCAGUCUCUUGGCGCACUGGCUUUGCUACGCGAACAGCGCGGUAAAUCCUCUCAUCUAUAAUUUUAUGAGUGGUAAGUUCCGGCAGGAGUUUCGACGAGCUUUCCUGGACUGUUCGGCGACCAGAGGUCGGUCUAUGAUAGAAACGCAUACGCGUACGUUUCCGUAGAAGUUUAAUUUUCCGAAUAAAAUUUUGAAAAAUUCAACCACUCACAAUCAGAUCUUCGGGAUAUUCGUUGAUCGUAGAUCUUUAUACUUUAACUUCUGUAUACGUAAUUGGGAACGGGCGCUCAUACGUUCCUAUAGACCAACCUUACAACGAGAACCGAGGCUUUAGCCCUUGGCCAACUUUUCCUAUCGGUUAUCCUUCGUUCCUUCGAAGGCAGAAUCGAUGGUGAAACAACGGAAAGGAAAUCCUGCGUGAUGAUUAAACGCCAGGCGAAGUUCCUCGAGUUUGUUAUACAGUUACGGAUCGUAUAAAUAUACCUGAAUUAUUAUGAGCAUUCUCAAUUUUUAUUACAUCUCAAUCAUAGUAUUCUUCGAUAAUAUUUACCGAUGAAAAAUAGAAAGUGAAAAUUAUAUCGAAUCGUUCUACAUAUAGAUAAAUAAGUUGAUUCCAUAAGUAGAACUGCAGUACAGUAAAAUUAAUUCUCUAUACAAUAUCAUUGACUCUUAAGGCUGUGGAUGAGAAUUGUAGUAUAUGCAUAUGUAUUAUAAAAUUGAACGAAAGGAAGUUGCUAAUUUUUUUCCUAUUAUUUUUCAAAUGUUAUACACGGUUAUUAUAAAAAUUGCUGUGAUAAUCCUCACAGCGCUAUUAAUAAUAUAUUGUAAUACAUGAAUCGAUAUACACUGUAUAGAUGUGGGUACACGAAAUCUGACUUGGACAUUUGUGGUCAAUCGUGAAAAAAAUAGUCAUUAUUUCCAUCUACAAAUCAAUUAGUGAAAGUAUACAUACAUAUGUACUAGAUCAUUAGAUUAUUCUUUUUUUUUCAAAUGAAUAUAAUGAAUUCUCUAUCAUCAAUUAUCAUAUAUCAUAAGUACCGUAUAUGGUGAAUUAAAAUUUUGUAUAAUGAGAAAUAUGAUGAAGUGCUCUAUACAUAAAAAUUUGAAUUUGUACAAAAAAUAAUAGAAACAAAGCAAAAGAAAACGAAAAAAGGGGAAUUAUUACGCUAAGGUAUUCGAUACAUAAGAUAUCUUAUCUUGUCAUCUAAUUACUAUAAAUGAUCAUUCGAUGUUACAACCAGUAUACGAUAAUUGUUAUUCGUAUUAAUUGGAGGAAAAAAAAAAAUAUUAGUAUGAUAAAAUUUACGGUACUUUGUACGCUCAUCUGUAUGUAGGUAUUUAUAAUUCACCGAUCUUGCACUAUACCGAUCGAUUAACACCAUUAAUGCGUAUAACCGUUUUAUCAUCAGUUAUUGGUGGUCAUUUUAAAUAUUCAGUCAGUUCUCUGCAUAGACUGACAAUAAAAAGGAAUGAUAGCGUUAAUGUUUGAAUAGGUUCAAUACUUAAAAAAAAAUUUGUUGUUAUUUGUUACGGUGCAGCAGAGAAAAAAAGAUCGAAGAUAAAUGAAUAAAUAUCUUUCACUCUAAAACUAAAUAUAUUCGAUGUUGAUUAUACAUAUGUAUUAUUAUAUACUUGAAUAAAUAAAUCAGCUUCGAUAAACCAGCGUCGAGAUCGAAAAUCGA